UCCGGCGGCUGUCCCGCGGUGCAGAAAGCCGUCGCCGCCGCGGUUACCUUCCAGCAGCAGCUCUGGGCUCUUCUCGGCUGCAGGAGCUGCUGCUCCAAUGCCCCAGAGCGGCCAUGAGCGCCCCGCACUGGUGGGACCAGCUGCGGGCUGGCAGCUCGGAGGUGGACUGGUGCGAGGACAACUACACCAUCGUGCCUGCCAUCGCCGAGUUCUACAACACGAUCAGCAACAUCCUGUUUUUCGUUUUACCGCCCAUCUGCAUGUGCUUGUUUCGUCAAUAUGCAACAUGCUUCAACAGUGGCAUCUACUUAAUAUGGACUCUUUUGGUUGUAGUAGGAAUUGGAUCUGUCUACUUCCAUGCAACCCUUAGUUUCCUGGGUCAGAUGCUCGAUGAACUCGCCAUCCUUUGGGUUCUGAUGUGUGCUCUGGCCAUGUGGUUCCCCAGAAGGUACCUACCAAAGAUCUUUCGGAAUGACAGGGGCAGGUUCAAGGUGGUGGUCUGCGUCCUGUCUGCAGUGACAACAUGCCUGGCGUUUGUCAAGCCCGCCAUCAACAACAUCUCUCUGAUGACCCUGGGGGUGCCUUGCACUGCGCUGCUCAUCGCAGAGCUCAAGAGGUGUGACAACGUGCGUGUGUUUAAGCUGGGCCUCUUCUCGGGCCUCUGGUGGACCCUAGCCCUCUUCUGCUGGAUCAGUGACCGAGCCUUCUGCGAGCUGUUGUCGUCCUUCCACUUCCCCUACCUGCACUGCGUGUGGCACAUCCUCAUCUGCCUCGCCGCCUACCUGGGCUGUGUGUGUUUUGCCUACUUCGACGCUGCGUCUGAGAUCCCAGAGCAAGGCCCCGUCAUCAAGUUCUGGCCCAGUGAGAAGUGGGCCUUCAUUGGCGUCCCCUACGUGUCCCUCCUGUGCGCCAAGAAGUCACCCAUCAAGAUCACGUGAUGGCAAGGCGGUGGCCGGCUUUUCUGCUCCUUUUCCCUGGUGCACUAGGGCUUCCUUUGCCAGCAGACAGCCAGGGGGCUUCACAGAGUCUGGAACCUGUGGGGGAGGGGGUCUGUCUUUUUAAAAUUCUCUUUCCUUGGGCUCUAACUAGUGUGUCUGUGGACUGCCAGGACUCCACUGUGCGUGGGGAGAAGCGAGUGUCUUCCCCUUUCCCAGAGGUGGAGAGUGGAAGGCUGGGAGGCACCAGGUGUGCCUCGCAGCAUCACUUCCAGAUGCAGUGACUUGUUGGGCUGUGUCCCUGUGGCGUCUGCAGAGCAGGCCCUUGAGUGACCCGGUGCUCACAAUGCCUGGCUUCCUGGAGAGAGUUUGCCUGCUCCAGACCCUGCCAUUCCCACGCCCUCUCGGUGCCGACUCUCCCGCUGCCAGACAGGCCCUGCGACAGACAAGAUGCUCUGACUGUCUGGUGGAAGAUGGCAGAGAUCUUCAUUUGGGGAAACCGUCCUAAAACAAAACCAAACAAAUGAAGCACACAGGGUUUUUGGCCAAGGAGGCUUAUGGCCAAGGAGGCUAGUUUUCUACUCGCAGUUCUCAAUAACCUAGGUUUUACCUACAUUUGUGAAUCCUUCAACUACUACCUCUGCUGAGAGAAGGAGACUUGACUUCAGAUGAGGGAGAAGCUAACGAGAAAAACCUUCUAUGCCAAAAACUACAGUCCACUUUGAGCCAUUCUUGAAGAAGAGCACAGUUUUUUUGUUUUGUUUUGUUUUUUAUUUUUGGUGAGGAAGAUUGGCCAUGAGCUAACAUCUGUUGCCAGUCUUCCUCUAUUUUGUAUGUGGGAUGCCGCCAUAGCAUGGCUUGAUGAGUGGUGUGUAGGUCUGCACCCAGAAUCUGAACCUGCGAACCCCGGGCCGCCAAAGUGGAGCAUGUAAACUUAACCACUACGUCACCAGGCUGGCCCCCGGGCACAGUUUUUAAAUGUGGACAUUGUUUGCCACCCACCCCAGCCCAGUAGCCCCAAACACACAGAGCAGAAUAGCUACAGCGUAAGGUCCCUUUGCAGACCCCUACUCCUUACUGCUUGCUCUCUGUAAGAUUGCCAGAGGGCUCAUGACAAUCGUGCUGGGGGUCCUGUUCAAAAUUUGGAGCACACAUGAAGUUUGGGAAACUUGUCUUCCUUGGAGUCCUGCUGUGUGCUAUUCUAUUCUGGAAUUAUCCUUGAGAACCCCCUGCUGCUUUCUCUAAUGUUUACUGUGGGAGCCACCCUCCAUCCUCUCUCACAGUACAAGGUGCUUCCUGUGGUUUCUCUGAGCAUCUGGCUGCUCGUUUUUCUCACUUGCUGGCGGGAACUUCACACAGUGGCUUUGGGUCGCUGGUGCUGCAGGCAAAUCUGUUGCCUUCUGAGUUUUCCUCACCUCAAGUGACAUUGUUACAACUAAUCUUCUCACUGGGCUGAAUGGAAAGCUGUCUAGAAGGCGAAGUGGGAGUUAAUGACCUCAGGGACUCAUUUUCACUCAGGCGUCUCCUUUGCAACAUUCCAUUGUGAGAAAGGAAAGGACAGACAGGUCCUUCUGGUGUGGACAGGAAUCCUGUCCUUGUCCUGAGUAUCUAAGAAUUGGGCAGUAGCAGUUUUUGGCGUUCCCAGGAACCCUUAACACUGGUUAGAAUUUGCACAAGUUCUAAGGUGAGAAGUCCAAUAAGAAACUGAAUUUAGAGUUUUAAAAUGAAUGACUUUAUCCUCCUUCUGUGGUUUUCAAAUUAUUUUAGCAGCAGAACCCUGUUUGCAGUAAGAAAUAGGUUGUAUUUAAUUAGCACAAAUUUAUUUUAAGGUUCAACUUAUAGCAUUCCCUCACAAAUACACCGGGUAGUGAAAAUGCAAAUUAACGAUUUGGUGGUUUUCAAAAUAGAAGAAUUUGGUAUGGAAUGAGUGUACGUGUUGCUUUUUUAGUUGAAAAAUAAAUUUAAAAAAUGAUACUUGAAUUAAGUAUUUAUGGAACCUCUAAUGCACUUCUGUGACACCUGGGUGGUUCAUGGAACAGAAUUUGAAAACUGCUGUUAAGUCCUUUGGGUUUCAAGUCUAGGAUUUUUUACAGAGAAAUAUCACUGUCUUCACUUCAGGUUGACUCCCUAGGUGUGGGUUCUGGCCUCAUCCGUUCUGCAGUAUAAAAAUGUUCCAAAGUAGAGACUUUGAUGUGUUUUAAGCCCAGCUGUCUUAGUGUGGAAGCAUAGAACGAGAAGCAGAGAGUGUAGGAAAUGUUUUGUGUGUAUGUUCGAGGUUUAAUUCCUGACUUGAGGGUUCCUCAGUGACGGGAGUGUUGUCCCAGCCGUCAAGGAGGUACCGGUUCUCCCUGUCGGGUGAAGGGCUUGUUCCCUGGGGAACACCAUCUCCAGCCCCCAACGCUUUGACCUUGCCCUUCUAGAAGUUUCUGAGUGUCCUUGGGAAAUAGGGCUAAAAUGUGACUUUGCUGUAAGUAAGGGAUUCACAGGGCUAUUUCCAUCCCUCUUGUACAAGGCAAAUGACUAAGUUAAGAUGUGGGAGGAAUGCUUUUGACGUCAAAAACAGAAUGCCUUCCUAGAGACUGGUUUUAAUGAGAUGAGGGCUGAGAAAGAACUGUGGAAUGGGCCGUAUUUGAAGAGGACAAAACCUAACUCUACCUUUGAACAGAAACCACUACAGCUUGCAUUGUGGGAUGGUAAAUCAAGAGAGUGAGAACAUACCAAUCUUAUUCUACGUUAGGUUUAUGGCAUCAUUCGUACUAUUUAUAUUUAUAAUGCUUUUAUAGUACUACAGCGCUCUUUAAAGAAAAUUGGGAAACUACAGAAAAAUGGAAGGAAAAAAGUAAUCUGUACUUCUGUUGUGCAAGGACAACCGUUGUUAAUAUUUUGGUAUAUUUCCUUCUCAUCUUUUUGUUUCCCCCCUAAUAUAGUUGUAAGUAGAAAUCUCGUAGAGUUGACAGUUUAUCCUGUAGCUUGAAUGGAAUAUAAGUGCCAGCUGUGUAUUCUUCACGACGAGCAGGUGUUGGAAGACACUGAAGGGAGCUGCACAGUUGAGCUCGUCGCUGGAUUCUGAGACCUACUCCUGAGUCGUUCCUGACAUGAAUGGGCCCUAAGAAAUAAUGAACCGAAUCUGCUUUUUCAUAUGCUUCUGGCCUGGGAUUGACAAGUCAUAGGAAAGAGCUGAUAAUUAUAUGGCUCCACAGGUUUGGAUGUUUUCAGAUUUUAAAAAAAGUGAAUAGCUUCUUUCGUUCAUGGAUGUGCAAUCAGGAAUCUUGUGUUUUUCCCCUAAUAAUGCAGGGAAGUAGAGGUUUGACAUUUAGGGGUUAGGUCAAGGCCGUUGCUCAGCAUGGCUAUCAGUUGCCCAAGAUCGAUACCCAGCAAGAACUGGAUUUAAAAUAUUAAAAAACGUGAAUGUUACCAAGUGAUCAUUUGAGUCAGUGAUUCUUGUUUUAUAGUGUUGAUUUUAGAAAAAGAAAUCUUCUCUCCCUUUUGUGAUGAUAUUGUCAUAAAACAAGCACUUCAGUGAAUAUAUUUACGGGGUGCGGGGAUGAGCAACCUGAAUCUAUUUGUAACAGGCUACAUUUUGGGGGAACUCGGUGCCUGUCCCUCUGAAGAUGCCUAAAACAUUAGUUAUGGAUGAAAGAUGUUCUGUUGGGGGACUAAGCUUGGUGGUUGUCAAGCACAGGCUUUGUGAAAUCCCAUCACCUAUCCUGAUCACUGGAGUUCUCAGGUGCGUAAAGCUUCUCCCCGCUUCAUCCCGCUUCGGGAGCCAGUGCCAUGUCGGAGGCUCCUGGACUGGAAUUUGACUGUUCCCUUGCUCUCUGUCCCUCGGGGCUGACCUGGAACCAUCUAGGGGACAGGUGAGGGCUGAAGCUGGCCCGGUCAGAGCCCCUCUCAUAGUCCCUUUCCCCAAAUGGACUUGGAACCUUCCAUAGUCCCCCCAUUGCAUGGGUGCUGCCGUUCCAGCCGGCCGGAGAAGUCUCCAGCCAGGUUGGGAUUCUCAGUGGAUUUUAUAGAUGUCAUUCUCCUGCAGAUUUUUUUAAAAAAUGGCCCCUACUCUAAGGGACUAAUUGUUUGAAUUAUGUCUUUCCCUAUAUGUUGAACCAGAUAUAAGACAAUUUUGUACCUACAGUAUGUAAUCAAAGCAAAUAUAAUAUUUUCAGAUAGAUACCUUAUUUUAUAUUUUAUGUAGGGGGUGCCAUAUGAGGGCGGUGUGCCCAUGGCUGUGGUGGCAUGGAAUCUCCCUUGCUGUGGGGGUGAUUUAAGGCCUUUGAAAUGGAGCUUUUGCACUUUAUGCUCUUCUGUGAACUGACUAUGAAAGCUAUGGUUGACAUUAAAGCCA